CACAAAGCUUCUCAUCACAGUGUGACUGACGUAUAACCCGUGAUAAUGAAAACAACUGACGAGGAUGCCAGAUUCUGAAAGUGUAACUUCAUUCAGUCUCUGAUCGGACUUGCCCCACCUACUAGUGGUCACAGCACUCUCUCCCCCACCCUGUGCAGCUACGAUGACCCGUAGCACUAGAUUGCCAUGCUACAUCCCAGCUGCGUGUGGUUGUAAGUACAUCAGACCAUAGAGUGGCGUGGCGCUAUGGGGCUACGGUACAUUGCUGCUGCACAGGUUUAGAGGUUUUUGUCCCCACUAGUUGGCAGGGGGCGUGGCCACAGGUUCAACAGACUUUUCAACCCAUAGAGCCUGUGCAGCUAUGUUUUCAACAACAUAGCUGCCCAUAGCAAGUGAAAAUCUUGUUUUUGCUGACUUCCAGCGGUUCAAUGUCUCACCUUGAGUCAGUGAUGGAGAGGUGUACUCAUCACUGCUGGGCAUGGUAACAGAGCUCAUCUCUGAUCUAGAGCUGUUUGAAAAGUUGGUCCUCAAAAACUAUUAAAAUGUCUAUUUCUGUGCAUUAUGUCAAUGGCCUUGUGUCGAAGAUUAUUAUUAUUUUAUACAGUUUUUCAAAUUUAGAUUAUUUGUUGACAUCCCUAUAUCACACCCAACCAUACACAACUGUCUGGCCAUUUACAUCAGCCAUCCCUCAUGAAAUUAUACAGACACAUUAAUCAACAACACACUCUCAUUCCAUUGUGUAAAUAUUAACCUUCAUAAAUAUGAACAUUUUUCAUGGAUUUAAGGAUUCAAGGGCAAUUUACUGUCAAUAGACAACUUAAUUGUAGCCCAUUUGCAACACAAGAAAAACAUGACAAACAAAACCAGUGGUGUUUUCCCGGAGUGCAAUCUUUGAACUUGCAUUGAGGAGGAAGGCCAACAGCAGCAACAAAACAAUUCUCUGGGCAAUAUGGCUGACAUCUUCACAUUAAAUUGAAACACUGACCGUAACAUUUGACUGUUUGAGCAGUGAGCAUCACAGAGUCCGCCUCCUCUCAUGCCGCCGGAGUCCUGCACUCUGCAGGUGAAGUCUGCUUUGCAACCUGCUCAUAAGUCACUUCUAGGUAAAUGGAAGUGUUUCUACAUACAUGGACAAGAGUUUAUCCAUGUUUCUGUUGUCCACUGAAGUGUGUGUUUAUCUAUUUUUGCUGUCAUCAAACAUUCUCACAAACCAAUCUGCAGACUCAUCCAGUAUUCAUGACCUAGGCUUCCACUGCUCCGCGGGUUUGACUGAACUUUAUUUCCACCCCAUGAACUUCAUGUCUGGUCUUAUUUACAUGCCUAUCCGUAUAUAGAGGGGUGGGGAGUUCAUGCUGGACAGGAAAAUAAUGACCCUUUCUUGUUCAUUACUGUGUACCAAAAGGAAGAGGCCAUUCACUGGCAGGACAAUUGACCCUCAGUGGGCCCUUGUUCACAACAAGGCCCCCUCACUGCAGCUCUGUCACGGCCCACAGCCAAUCCGAGGCAAUUAGACCAUUGCCAGCCACCUAGUGGGACUUGUGUGUGUCCCAGGUCACAUUCUGUUCCGUCUCCUGCCACUUGCGGUCUUUGUGUCCUCCUUCCUGGAGCUCCGCACUGUGACAAACCGUUUCACCGUACAGCUUAUGAGGCUGUCUUCUGUUCAUAUACUAUGCUGCAUUGAAAACCAUGGAGCAGCUGGAGAAGGUUUUCAUUCCCAGGGUAAGUCAGUACCGGUUCUGUCAGAUCAUGGCUGAAAACCUGCCCAGACUGAGAGAGGAGAUCAAGGAGAUCUCCAUGUCGGACCUCAAGGACUUCCUGGAGAGCAUCCGAAAACACUCCGACAAGGUUGGACAUACCGCCAUGAGACAGGCACAGCAGCACAGGACCUUUAACAGUGCUGUAGCCAAGCAGGCCAGCAUGGGCCACUACACCAAGCCUGUGUACUCUCUCAACGGACGGACACACUCUCACACUCACUACGGCCGCCUGCUGACGGCCGACGAAACGGGAGAUGAGGAGGAAGCUGAUGAAGAGAUUCUUACAGCCCAGGACCUGGUGGACUUCUCCCCCGUCUACAGGUGUUUACACAUUUACACCGUGCUGGGAGACCGAGAAACAUUUGAGAACUACUACAGGAAGCAGAGGAAGAAACAGGCCCGGCUGGUGCUGCAGCCACAGGCUAACAUGCACGAGACGGUGGAAGGCUACAGAAGAUACUUCAAUCAGAUAGUCGGGUUCUUUGUUGUGGAGGACCAUAUCCUCCACGCCACGCAGGGUCUGGUGACCAGAGCUUUCACCGAUGAACUGUGGAACAUGGCCCUGUCCAAGAUCAUCGCUGUGCUCCGCACACACUCGUCAUACUGUGAUGACCCAGACCUGGUCCUGGAGCUGAAGAACCUCAUAGUCAUCUUCGCUGAUACACUGCAGGGUUAUGGUUUCCCAGUCAACCGGCUGUUUGACCUGCUGUUCGAGGUCAGAGACCAGUACAAUGAAACUCUCCUGAAGAAGUGGGCGCUGGUUUUCAGGGAGAUCUUUGAGUUGGACAACUACAGUCCCAUCCCAGUGGAGACAGAGGAGGAGUAUAUACUGGUCGUGAGUCGCUUUCCCUUCCACGAUGCUGAGAUAGAGAAGCAGGACUUUCCAAAGAAGCUACCAAUGUCCCAGUCUGUCCCUCAGAUCUACACACAGGUCAAAGAGUUAAUUUACGCCAGCCUCAAGUUCUCUGAGUCACUACACCGGAGUUCUACAGAGAUUGACGACAUGUUGCGAAAAUCAACCAACCUGCUUCUGACAAGAACGCUCAGCAGCUGUCUGCAAAACCUCAUCAAGAAACCUCACAUAGGGCUGACUGAGCUGGUGCAGAUCAUCAUCAACACCACGCACCUGGAGCAGGCCUGCAAGUAUCUGGAGGAGUUCAUAACAAACAUCACCAAUGUCUCCCCCGAAACGGUACACACCACAAGACUCUAUGGCUUGUCCACGUUCAAGGAUGCUCGUCACGCUGCAGAGGGAGAGAUCUAUACCAAACUCAACCAGAAGAUUGAUGAGUUUAUCCAGCUAGCAGACUAUGAGUGGGGUAUGGCUGAGUCGGACGGCCGUGCCUCUGGAUACCUCAUGGACCUGAUCAACUUCCUGCGUUCCACUUUCCAGGUCUUCACACAUCUCCCGGGUAAAGUGGCCCAGACGGCUUGUAUGUCAGCCUGCAAGCAUCUGUCCACGUCACUGAUGCAGAUGCUGCUGGACACAGAACUCAAACAGAUCAGUAUGGGGGCCAUUCAGCAAUUCAACUUGGACGUCAUUCAGUGUGAAUUGUUUGCCAGUUCAGAGCCGGUCCCUGGCUUUCAAGGAGACACACUCCAGCUGGCCUUCAUCGACCUACGACAGCUCCUGGAUCUGUUCAUGGUGUGGGACUGGUCUACUUACCUGGCAGACUACGGCCAACCGACCUCCAAGUACCUGAGAGUGAACCCAGCCACCGCCCUGGCUCUGCUGGAGAAGAUGAAGGACACCAGUAAGAAGAACAACAUCUUCUCUCAGUUCAGGAAGAACGACCGAGACAAACAGAAACUGAUAGAGACUGUGGUCAAACAGCUGAGGAGCCUGGUCAACGGCAUGUCCUCCUAAACGCACACACACACACACACACACACACACACACACACACACACACACACACAACUGCCAAGACGCUCACAGAGGAAGAAGAUGUUCGCACAUGAAACGAAGUGAUAACACACGACAUGCGGAGAAUUUACACACAACCACAUAUGGACACAAAAAAGGGUUACACACACACACACACACACACACACACACCACAUAAAGGCACAGCAAUACACUCACUGUACAAGGCAUGCAGGGAACACACACACUGAAUACAAUGUAAAUAACACACACAUGCUAAACUCUUUACUGGACUCUUCACAGGAACAGUAAGGGCUUUGUAAAGUAUUUUUAAUGGCUAUGAUGAGACAAACUAUGUUUCUGUACAUUGGUGAGAGUGGAGUGAGGGGAGACAACACUACGGCGCAGGAAGUGACGCUCACAGGUACUGGGACAAUGAGGUCAAAGGUCAACACUCGGUGAAAACUCCCGUACAUUCAACAUGGUGACAUUUCUACUCAGAGCUCCAUUAGAGCUCCUCUGUCCUCACCCACGACGUUGUGUGUACCAAAUGUUUUCCGUAUUAAAUAUUUGAUUAGGGAUUCAAAUUGUUUAUAAGAAUGUGAAACAGCACGUUGCAGAACUUUUACCAUGGAUUAGUUGUUAUAAUUUAAUAAAACGCCGUAGCACCAUCUCCGAGGGCGGGGGCAGUAAGCAAGCCGUGUGUCCCUCAUAUGACGAAUCACAGGAAGAAUGACGAGAACGUCCCUCCUUUAUUUUUGUAUUAAUAAUUUAGGCACGAUUACAGAUUCUAAUUUAAAAAGAAAAUGAAACGGACAGAAAUACCUUCCUUCUCUUUUUAGAGGUAACGCUUGAUGCCACGCCAGCUGCAUCACAGGUCUAUCACCAAAACACAGAGCGGCCAGUCUAACAAACGCUAAUGAACUCAAAUCAGGUGUCAGAGAGUGAAACGUAACGUUCCGGCCUUUUUUGGAAUAGUAACAUACAUUUGAGUAAUAUCUGAUCAAAUAUAUAUAUUAGUUGCGUUUCCCCAAUAUCCAAUUAUUUGAAUACAUUUUUUAAUUGAAGUUGAGCAUUGUACAACAAGACACAUAGUGUGUGUAUAUAUAUAUAUAUAUAUAUAUAUAUAUAUAUAUAU